GUCUGGGUCCUGACUUUGUCAGAUGGCUGGCUUCCUCGCUCCAGAACAGGCCUUACAGUCACAGAAGCUGACUUCUGCCCUGGAGAAAUGGGCCAGAAUCCCAAGGAAAUGGAACCCACCCUGUGAGUGCCUGUGAGAGAAGAGGACAAGCUGUGAGUGAGGAGGUAACCCAAGCCUCCAGCUGAGCCCUAGGACAGGUCCUCCAGGGGUCAUCUUAGCUCAGCUAGGCCCUGAAGAUGAAGGGGGCCUGGUGGAGUCUCUUCAACAUCCUUCUGGCUGCAUCCUGGGUUUCUGCAGAGAGCGAUAUCCAAGAAAACAUUCCCCUUCAGACCCUAAAUUGCCAUAAUGACUUCAAAACUAGGAUUAUCUGCCAGUGGGAAGAGGUCUCCGAGGCCCAACGCUACCUCAACCUGACUCUUUUCCGCCAAAUGUAUGAGAACGAUGUGCCAAAGCAAGUCUUGUGUGACCCUCAGCGGAACACAUCCUUGCCCACCUGCCGGUUCCCAUCCUGUAUACCCAGGACUUGCUUCAUUCACCAGAAUAUUUUUGUUACAAGUCAGGUCGACAUCUAUAGCUUCAAAGCAGAUCAACCCCUGGAGCUCCAGCUCAGAGUCAACCUGACCCAGAACAUUAGGCCUCCCACCCCAGAGAAUCUCAAGGUUAUGAAAAAUGAAACUGAAGGCUUCCAGCUUUCGUGGGCAAUUCCCCAAAACUGGACCCACAGCCUCCAGUCAUCCCUGGGAGAGCUGAAGUUCCAGGUGGCUUACAAGAGACAGUGGGAGUCAUGGGAGGAGGCUUCUACCUUGAACUCCUCUGUGUCCCAAGUUCUCCUUGGGCAUGACUACUUCAUUCCUGACAACCUCUAUGUGGGCAGAGUGAGAGCCAUGAUACCUGGAGGACAUUCUAGCUUGUGGAGUUCUGAGGUUUCCUGGGAAUCACAGCAAGGGUAUGCAGCUCAACCCAAGAAUCUUCAGUGCUUCUUUGACGGACACGAACAGCUCAGCUGCACCUGGGAAGUGAGAGCCGAGGUUACCAGCUCUUUCUCCUUUGGGCUCUUCUACGAGGCUGGUCCAGGUGCAAGGAAGGAGUGCACCUCUGUGCACAAAGAGAGGAAAAUGGGCAGCCCCUACAUACAGUACGGAUGCCAGAUUCAUGUCCAGGAUCCCAUCCACCUAAGCCAAUACACAGUCACUGUGCAAAGCAGGGGGCAGAAACGUUUAUCGAGUUAUGAGCACAUUAAGCCACCACCAACAUCUAUUGAGGCCAAGAAGACUGAAAACACCUACUGGCUCCACUGGAAAAAACCCAAGAUCGGUUAUGACAGUGAGCAGUCCUAUGAAGUUCAAUACAGGAAGUCAACACAGUCUUGGGAGGAAGCCAACAAUGAAACCUUGAGAGCUAUUGUGGACAUGAGCAUCUCCGAGACUUCUCUGGAGCCUGCCACAGAGUAUUUUGCCAGGGUGAGGGCCAGGGUCACAGAGCCAUCCUACGAUGGGACAUGGAGUGAGUGGAGUAAUGAAUGUUCCUGGACAACAGAGAAAGUCUUCCCCCCAGAGAUGCUGGUAAUGGUGUUGGUCAUCACUACAGUCCUGGUACUCCUGGGCAUCUGGUGCUGUUGUACCUUUGGAGCCAGACUGAGGACAAACUGGGAAAGCAAGAUUCCCAACCCGGGUAAGAGCCACCUGUUCCAGAAUAAGAACCAGAGGAUUUGGAAUCCAGGUAACCUUUUUACUCUUAGCCAAGAGAGCCCCUGGGAGAAGGAGGAGAGAGAAUGCUCCUUCUUCAGAGUGGAUCGGCUUGAUUUUGAUGACAGAAGCUCGGUGUCUCCUCUCACUGCUGUGGACCCCCAGGAUGCAUGUUCUCUGUCCUCUGACAUUGACCCAUACCCAGCAUCCAUCACUUUGCCUGAUGAGGACCUGAGCCUGUCCAGCUUCCAGAAAGUGCCUCAGCCUAACACCCCAGUGAAGGACCCAGCCUCAGGCUUAGCUUUCAAUGGCCCCUACCUUGGCCUGCCCCAGAGCCACUCUCUGCCUAAUAUCUCUGGCCAGAUGGGAUCCCGCCAGGCUGAAGGGAUCAAGAAGCAGCCCCUUGGGUCCCUGGAGUACUUUUGUCUGCCCCAGGGUGGGCAGGGUGGCCUUGUUCCUAUGGCCAAGUUGGCUCAACCUGGCAGGGAUGGAGAGGAAAAAGAAACUUUGUCUGGUCAUCCUUCAACCAGAGAAGAAGACGAGCCCUGCCCACCCAGGGAGCAAGGUGUCCCACCACCUGGGGAACCACAGCAGGGGAAAAACCUCUGUCAACUAUCUUCCAGCUCCACAGGCCCCCUGAAAUUGGCCAGGGGCUCGGGUUACAUUGCCCCUGAGGACCUGGUGCUUGGCUCUGAAAAGCCUGAAAGUCUCCCACCUCUCACUGAGCCUCCCUUACCUUGCCCAGGCCCCAAGUCCAGUCUCAGCUUCUCCCUGGGAGAGACCAAAGGGCCUCUUUCAGCUCCCAGCCCUGCAAUGCUGGCAUUGGAGGGUUAUGUUGAGGUCCCUCCAAACAUGGUCAGUGCUAAGGCCUCUCCAGAGAACCCCAGCCCCGUUCAAGUUGGGCUCUCAGCCCCAAAUCCCAUGGAUGCCCAGCAGGAUGAAACCAUAACAGUGUUCCACCCCGAAGGACUCCUUGUCCUGCAGCAGAUAGGAGACUAUUGCUUCUUCCCUUCCCAGGGCCAGCUGGUCUCUCCUGGCCAAUGCCCUGAGAAAAUGGUUAAGCCCCAAGAUAUUGAGGUCAAGGAGCCCCCGAGCCAGCCACCACCCCAGGUGCCAGCCAUCCAGCUCUUCAAGGCCAUGAAGCAUCAGGAGUACCUUAUUCUGCCCACAUGGGAUGGCUGUAGGCCAGGGCAAGUGUGCUGACAAAGCACCCUCCAAGGGGCAGGUCCCUUCAUACUGCAUCCCCACCUCACCAGGGGCUUUGCUUUCUAUACCCAGUAGAAUGGAAGCCCUUUGAGGGCAGAGAUUUUCCUUUUUUUAUCUAAGACUUGAGUUUGAGUACAAACUCUGCCAGAUUGUGGCCUCGGGCAGGUCAUUUUCCCCUCUGGGCCUCAGUUUCUCCUUGGUCCCAGAGGACAGACAGUGAAACAUGCUUCCCUCCUCUACAGCUGCGGAGCAUGAUGCGCACUUACAAAUGAAGACUGGAUUUUCUGGGAGAAGAAUUGUCAAAGUCUUGCCAUGUUUCUGCUCUGAUAUAUGAACCAUCGGAGGACCUUCCUACCCACUGAUAAAACUAUGGAUUGAGUUCUCAAAUUGAAGUUUUAUGCUGAAAUAAAGAAAAGAGAUAUUCUUUUCACAGGUGUUCAAGUA